AUUAAAAUGUAAUAUGUUAUUGUACAACAAAUCAUUCAUUUUUUUAAUAUUAAUUAAUUUAAAUAUAAUUUAUGGGUCACACAAUCGAAAUGUAGUUGGGUUUAGUGAUAAAAACGCUCAAAAUGUGAGUGGGUUAAACCACCCUAGGUUCCUCCAGGCAACACCAAAUGUUGAGAAGGAUAAGGAGCCCACUUUCUUUUCCUUACUAUUUCACCCUCAAGUUAAAAAGGCUUCCAUGGAUAUAGGAAUGGAGGAUUCAAACAAGGGUGUAAUAAAGGCAAUUAACAUGAAUGAAGAAGAAGAGCAUAUAAACAAAUUAUUGAACGAAAUUGAAGAGAACGAGCAGAAUCAAGUUGACUAUUUCUACAAUAAUUUUGACUUUCAAAAUGCCCAAUUAAAGGAGAUUUCUAAACUGUUUUAAUAAUUUUUAAUUUAUAAAAUAUAUUUUCUAUA